GCUUGAAUGCCGCUCUCGUGCAAUUCGGCGCAUGUUAUAGGCGUUUGUGGUGCACCAAGUCCUGCGGUCUAGGCGUAACAAGCUGACUGAUCGCCGCGAGUCAAGGGACCAAUAGACCCUUGACCAGCUUUUGAUUCUCAGCGACCGGGUACAAUGUACAGAUCACCGCAGUCGGGUCAGUUCCAGCUGUUCGCCUUGGUCGCAGGGUCUUUGCGUUGCUCCGUCCGGGUCCCCGUCGCAUUUGGUGUUGUCGGACCUGGACGAGACCAGGUCUCCACUAGGAGCCUGGGGGCCUUUUUGCCGCCGGUGUCCAGAGAUCUCAAUUUCUCGGGCCUGCAAAAUGGACAAAGCAAGUUCAGUGAUUGUGUUGCCUUCGCGUGGCCUCACUUUGCAUCAGCGGCUGCACAAUCAGCGGCUGCACAGAGCCGGCACCAGGUUCCGUUUGCAGCUUGUGCUGAAUCAAGCAAGAGCAACAGCUGAGCUCUCGCACGUCAAUCCUCCGGCCACAGUGAUACUGUUGCAGAAAUAUACCCAUCUCACCGGA